AUGACGGGAAGCAUCAACCUACAGUUGGGGUGGCCAUCGCCGACUCUGUUCCCUUCAGCUCAACUGCUCGAUGGCGCGACCGACGUACUCAAUUCGAAAGCCAAGACUGCAGCUUCACUGAUAUAUGGACCAGACGCUGGCUACGAACCACUUCGACAUAGUAUCGCGAAAUGGCUGACUCCCACGUAUGGACGGGGUUCGGUGAUCUCGUUGGAUCGUAUCUGCGUUACUAAUGGGGCGUCGGGAAACCUGGACAACAUUCUUGCGCGCUUCACCGAGCCCGGAUACACUCAAAACAUAUGGAUGGUCGAGCCGUGCUACUUUCUAGCCUGCCCAAUUUUUAUGGAUAAUGGAUUCCAAGGGAUGAUGAGGGGCGUACCCGAAGACGAUGAAGGGUUAGACCUAGAGUUUCUACGACGAAGUCUUGAAGAAGCAAGUGCAUCGCCAACUUCAAGUUUACCAACACGAAAGACAGGCGACAGAUACAAGAAGCUCUACCGACAUGUCAUCUACUGCGUCCCAACCUUCUCGAACCCGAGCGCGAAAACCAUGUCAUUACGGCGAAGACAGGACCUCAUACGCCUAGCGCGAAAAUACGACGCCCUGGUUGUUACCGACGAUGUGUACGACAUCUUACGCUGGCCAACAGACAAACAAAACAAUCUAGAAGACCUCGGUUACGUACCUCCACGGCUUGUUGAUAUUGAUCGCGUCCUAGAAGGAGGGCCUAAAGACGAGUGGGGGAAUGCUGUGAGCAACGGUUCGUUCUCGAAGAUUAUAGCGCCGGGCGUCAGAGUCGGUUGGGCCGAAGCAACUCCCGCGUUCACAUUGGCACUGUCGCAAGUAGGUGCUACGAGAUCUGGUGGCUGUCCUACACACCUUUCCGCGUCGUUCGUACACGAAAUGUUGGAGUCUGGGCUGUUGCAAAAGCAUCUUGAGACGAAUGUCAUUCCCACUUUUCGAGCUCGCUAUUACGCUAUGCUAGAGGCGAUAGACGCUCAUUUGACCCCACUCGGAAUCACCAUCUCUACUGGAAAACCCUAUACUGAAAUCUUCGGUCAAACGGAUGGCGUCGGAGAUGACCACAAUAAAAAUUCCACUCAGGCUGGUGGAUAUUUCAUUUGGUUGUUGCUGCCGGAAAGCCUCAUUGGCAAGGGUGCAGCUCUGGCUGCCAAAGCUCUGGAGCAGUGGGAUCUGAAAUUUGCAUACGGUGAUAUGAUGCAAGUGCAGGGUGAGCCUGAAUCCGCUGUCCGAGCUGCAAAGGGCUAUGGGAAUGGUAUUCGUCUAUCAUGGGCAUGGCAUACAGAGGCGGAGAUCGUUGAAGGUGUCAGAAGACUAGGUGCGUUGAUUGAGGGAACCGACUAG